UCGGUAGUCAGAGAUCAGUUGCAAUUCGUCGUCCGCGCGUCCAUUCGCCAUGGCCUUUGUAUAUCUGUUCAUUGCUGCGUUCGGUCUUCUGAACCUGAGCGUCGCCGUGCCCGUUCCCGAUGGAGAUCAGGAUAACGAGAUCGCGAUCUUCAAUGACCUGAGCUCCAACAUCAACAAGAUCUUCGACGAGAUGCUGCCGUCGGUGCGGGAGAUGAUUAUAAAAGAAGGGAUGGAUCCUCUGAAAAUGAAGGACAUGAAAGAGAAUCUGCCCGGUAUAAUCCACGAUGGAGUGCUCCAGCUGACCAACGGCUGGAUGUCUGGAUUGGGCCAGGUGAAGCGUAGCGGCGACGUGAUUCUAUCGUACGACGACAAGAAGAUAACAAUAGACGCUCUGCUGGGACUUGACGUUAUGGAUCUCACGUACGACUACUUGUUCCAAUACUCGUUGAUCUCGCGAGAAGGUGGCUUCCAUGGCAGAUUCAGCAACAUAAAUAUGCGGCUGAUGUUUACCGUAGACCUGCACACAUACAAGGCCGAACUCGAUACGCUCCAUGUCGCCUCUGUCGGGAAAAUGGACGUGAAGCUCGAGGGCCACGAACUCGAUCAUGUGCUGAACAUCGCGAUCAAGGUUUUCGUCGGCAUAUUCCGGAAAGAGGUGAUCAAAACGAUAGAGGAGCAAAGCCUUGACGUGAUGAAAGCGUUCAUAGAGAAAAUCAACGCGAGAAUCCCGAAGCCCAACCUCGACGCCCGCAUAAUAUCCCACGACAGCGAAAUGGUGGACAACAUACCGACUUUCAUCGAGUUUCGUCUCGUUUAAGUCACUCGUCGAUCUGGCCUCCCAUCGAUCCAUAAUGAACCAAUAAAAUAAUCCCCGAUCAAGCUAUCAAAA